UUUUCUUGUCUCCCAGAGAAAGAGACAAUUUGUAGAUUGUUCACUUGGUCCUAUCAGUUUUUUUAAUGCAGCUAUUUCUCAGAAAAGUUCCAAGAGACCAUAAAGAAGAAUAAGGAUGAUGGAGGAGAAACAGAAGCUUCCAGAAACCUCAGUGGUCAAUCUGGUGCAUAUAUUUGAAAACUUCAGGCCCUGCUGCAGUUCUGAGAAAGAAGAGCUCCUUCCUCAGUUGAGGUUUCAACUAACAACUCCAAAUCCUAUGGCAUCUUCCAUGCUGCCACCUGUGACAUGUGAAAAAGCCAUGAGAGACAUUAAGAAAGCUGCAGUUAUAGAGCCUGGCCAGGUGCACUGCAGUACAGAGUCUCUAGAGCAGCAACAGCAAGCUCCUAAAAUGCUUCCUGUCAAAUGUCUCAACUCUUUUCGAGGCAAGAUCACCGUCAGCAACUGGAGGGCAAAACAAGCCUCAGAUUCUCAGCCAUACUUCACCAUGCAAUCUGGAAGCAGCAAGAAUCAGGAACCAGAGGAGAAAAAAAUAGCUUUGGAGCUGCUGGAAACAGAACAGGCCUAUGUGGUCCGCCUUCAUCUUCUAGACCAGGUGUUUUUCUCAGAGUUAAUGAAAGAAGCCAGAACUACAAAGGCAUUUCCGGAAGAUGUAGUCAAAAUGAUAUUCUCUAAUAUCUCCUCCAUUUACCAGUUCCAUUCCCAGUUUUUCUUGCCAGAGCUGAAAAAACGAAUGGAGGACUGGGAUUCCAAUCCCAGAAUUGGGGAUAUCAUCCAGAAAGUGGCUCCUUUCCUGAAGAUGUACAGUGAAUAUGUGAAGAACUUUGACAAGGCGAUGCAUCUGAUCACUGUGUGGUCGGAAAAAGCCUUGCCAUUCCAGGAACUCAUCUCAAACAUUCAGAAAUGGGAAGUGUCUGCUAAUUUAACCUUGCAGCAUCACAUGUUGGAACCAAUACAGAGAAUUCCCAGAUAUGAACUCCUCCUGAAGGAUUAUAUUCAAAAACUACCUUUGGAAUCACCAGACAAGGAAGAUGCACAGAAAGCUCUGGAGAUGAUUUUCACAGCAGCUAAACAUUCUAAUGCUGCCAUUGCUGAAAUGGAACGACUCCAAAACCUAUGGGACGUAUAUCACAGGCUAGGCCUUGAUGAUGACAUUGUUGAUCCUUCUAAUGAAUUUAUUAAAGAAGGACCCAUUCAGAAAAUCUCUUUCCGAUUCAGCAAUACCUCAGAGAGAUACCUGUUCCUGUUUAAUAACCUGCUGUUGUACUGUGUACCAAAAGUCAUUCAAGUUGGUGCCGAAUUUCAAGUGCGCCAUCGGAUUGAUGUCAAUGGCAUGAAGGUUCGAGAACUAAAUGAUGUACAGUUUCCUCAUGCUUUCCUUGUGUCAGGGAAACAGCGCACUCUAGAACUGCAAGCUAGGUCCAAGGAGGAGAUGGAUGCCUGGCUUAAGACCUUCCAGUCUGCCAUCAACAAGAAAGAAAAGAGGAGUGAAACCUUCAAGGCUGCAAGCCAAGGGCAAGAAGCAGAGACGCAAGACUCCAGUCAGGGCCAGUCACAGGAGCUGGGCAAGUGGGCUCCCCAGUGGAUAAGAGACAAGCUGGUCACCAUGUGCAUGCGCUGCAAAGAGCUCAAUGCUAUCACACGAAGAAGGCAUCACUGCCGAGCCUGUGGCUAUGUGGUGUGUGCCCGGUGUUCUGAAUACAAGGCUGAAUUGCAGUAUGACAAGAAUGGACUCAAACGUGUCUGUGCGGAAUGCUAUGUCUUCCUCACAGGGAAUUUGCUGCCCGUCGAGCAGCAUGGGAAGCACAAAGGCAUUCUGGAGAAAGAAUCUGCAGAAAUAUCAGGGCAAAGCCUAAUGUGCAGUUUUCUGCAGCUUAUGGAUAAGAAUGGAAAGGGGAGCAUGCGUGGCUGGUUUGUGAUCCCACGAGAUGAUCCACUGGUGUUGUAUAUUUAUGCUGCACCUCAGGAUGUCAAAGCCUAUGCCUCUAUCCCUCUGUUGGGUUACUGUAUCAAGGAGCCAUAUCAGCAUAAUCCCCGUCACAUCUUCCAGUUGGUACAAUCCAAACAGACCUAUACCCUGGUUGCUGAAACUGAAGAACUGAAGCAGCGCUGGAUGAAAGCCAUUGAACAAUCAGCCAGGGGAGGAGAAGAAGAAGAUUCGUUUGAUGAUCUGGAAUAAUUCAAGCUUCUUCUGAGGCUGUUGCAAACUCUGAAUUGCCACUGUAAUAAGCACCAAAUCUGUGUUAUAAAUUCAGUCAUAUCUUUCAGUUAUAACUUUUCACUGGUUUCAAAUCAUAGCAUUUUUGUCUAGUAGAGAUUUCCUUGGCUGGCUGGUGAGCCUGCCAGUGAAACUACUGUAUAUCUAGCGAACUAUUCAAGUCCUAAUAAAUUGUUGAUUCAUCAUUUAAAUUUGCAAACUUUUAUUGAUAGACUGUCCUGUGCAUAUAAAAUAAAUAAUGAAUAACUUUAU